AUGUCUUUGGGUGCUGCUGGAUGUGUUCAUCAGAGAACAGUGUCUCCAGGAUCUUCGCAUCUACCUGUCGCUUCCCUUUUCGUAUAUCCAGCUACGCUUCUCCUCGGCUCCCUGUACUCGUUUGUGUCCCCUACGGCGAAGCCGUUAGCCCCAAAUCUCUCGUCUUCGACUACCGCGCCAGACCGCCCUCCUACACCAGUUAACUAUUUCGCCAACAAGAGCAAUAUUUUCAAUAUUUAUUUUGUUAAAAUCGGCUGGCUCUGGACAACAAUCGCUUUUGUCUUAAUUCUCUUGACCCAACCUGGAUUUGUCAAUAGGCGACUCGACGCGAAUGAACGCUUAAGGAGAGCGUGGCAGGCAAUUUUCCGAUAUGCGUUGGUUACACUUGCAUGGGUUCUGACCACCCAGUGGUGCUUUGGCCCAGCUAUUAUUGACCGUAGCUUUACUGCCACGGGAGGACGAUGUGAGAGACUGGAUGCCAACAGCCCCGCACCAGACUCUAUUAUGACUGCUGUGGCAUGUAAAUUAGCGAAUGGUUCUUGGAAAGGAGGUCACGAUGUCAGUGGACAUGCAUUUAUGCUUGUUCUUGCCAGCGCUUUUCUUGUAUUUGAACUAUUAGGCUCCUCGGUUGCCGUGAGCGAAACUCUUAAUAGCAAAGACAAACCUGAAAUUCACCAAUCGACGGGAACAGGACAGAGUGAGAAUGGUCAAACUUCUGUUAGGAUGGUACAGAAUUUUGUCUGGGCGGUUGCGGGUCUAUGUUGGUGGAUGUUACUCAUGACAGGGAUUUGGUUCCAUACAUUCAUUGAGAAGACUUCUGGGCUAAUACUUGCACUUUUUGCUGUGUAUGUGAUAUAUAUUUUGCCUAGAGCUAUUCCUUUAUGGAGAAGAACCAUUGGUGUACCUGGGAUCUGA